CAUUUCAGCAUUUAGACAUCAGCCAGCUGGGGAUCACUCACAUCUUAAGCUUUCUCCCUUCAUCAUGGAGGACUUAUAUUAACCUAGUAGCAGUGGCUAGCUUGGCCAAAAUUUAUUGGUCUGAGUAAGACUGGUGGGUGGACUAUUUCAGGAGGACUGGCAAAGAGAGUAACCCCUCCUGUGGUGUCUUAGAUCUCAGGCCAUGUGGCAUCCCCAAGUGGUGCUUGCAACAUUUCCAAGCCAGAGAGAGGUUUAGGAUGAGGAGGCUAAAUGAUGACCAGGAAGGUACUUCUGCAUGGGACUGCUGACCAAGUUCCCUAAUGUCUGCUUUGCUACUAGUUUGGACUGUGCUGCUGCACUUCCGGAUUGAGCCAUCCUUGGCCAGAGGAGGAAAGUCAUGGGAGCAUUGCACAGACUUACGCCCCUUGGAUCUUCUCUCUGAAGUGGUUCCCCUGAACUGGGUGAAAAGUGGAAUACGAAUGAUCCAAAUCCAAGGAGCACGUGGCUUCCAGCUUUCUGCAACAAACCCUCGCUUCCUCAAUUUUCCAGCAUCACGGAUUUUCAUUUACUGUGACUUAUUCCCAGAGGAAUUCUCCAUUGUAUUUACUAUAAAAACUUCCCACAAGCAAUUCAGGAGAAAUGAAUACAUCUUCACAGUUUUGGAUGAAAACAGUGACACGCUGCAACUAGGACUCCGAUAUUCACAGAGUAAACUGCACUUUCUCUUCUGGAGCAGAGACCUUUUGAAUGGUUGGCAGACACAAAUUACUUUUCGGGAUGUCUUUUUGGCGGACAACCAGUGGCAUACGCUUGUAUUGGCAGUAUCUCAAGCCUCCUUCUCUCUCACUGUGGACUGCAGCAUCCCCAUAGAUGUGAUUGCAGAUACUGCUUUUCCAACAUUCUUGACUAUGACAGGAACUCAAUUUUAUAUAGGAAAUAGAAGAAGAAGAAAAGGUUUCUUUACAGGCUUGAUAAGGCAGCUAGUCCUCUUGCCAGGCUCUGAUGCCACUUCAAGGAUGUGCACUGGCAUGAAUAUUAAUCUAGCAGUGCUGUCCAUCCCCCAAAUUCUGCAGGAUCUGCCUGUGAAACCUGAGGGCAAUGAGCUUCUGAAAUACCCUUACGAAGCAGACAUGAAGCUGACUUUGGGUUCCCGCCCUCCUUGCACCAAGACUGAAAGUGGCCAAUUCUGGUUAAACAUUGUUCAGAAGGGACUACAUCUCUGCACCGGGAAUGAAUGGAUUUCCAUGCUAGAAGUUGAAGAAAGACUGGAUUAUUUGGAAGAAUACCAGAGAUUAGCUACAAAUUCUGAAACCUUGGGCAUUGAGAUAUUUGUCAUCCCUAUGGUGGGUCUUUUUGUAGCUACUGCUAAUCGCUUCACUCCUCCUGGAUCAGCCAUUUACAAAUGGAUUGAUGAAAAAUUUGUGCCUUACCAAAAUCUCCCCACCUACCAAGCUCAGUCCUGGGAAUUCUUCACUGUGGGAAAAAAGACUUUUGGUGCUGCUGACUGGGAAGUCUUUUACAUCCAGAACAGAGUAUUUCUUGCUGUGGCAAACAGCCAUAGUUAUGACAGUAGCACUGUACCACCGAUCAACACUUUUGCCAUUAAUUCUUCCAUCUAUGAGCUUAACAUCACAGCACAAUUGUUUGAGAAGUUUCAGGACAUCCCUACAUACAGUGCUUUAGACUGGGAAUUCUUUUCAGUGGGCGAAGACCGCUUUUUGGUUGUUGCAAAUUCCUAUGAUGGUGUGACCUUCUCUGUAAACAGUAUUAUUUACAGAUGGCAAGGAUAUGAAGGUUUCGUAGCAGUUCACCAUCUUCCAACAUUUGGCUGUAGGGAUUGGGAAGCUUUCAACACUACAGCCGGUUCUUACCUCAUGUAUUCAAGUGCAAAAGAACCCCUCUCCAGGGUGCUGAAGCUGAAAUUUUUUUGACCUGAAUGGAGAUUCUGGCUAUAAGCAGAGAACAUGCACGUGGGAGGAAUUGUUUUAGUUAUUCAGAGCUAUAAUCAAAUUUGUUAUAGUUCAAUUAAUACAGCCAGUAUGAGAAAGAGAUAUUAUUCUGGUGCUUCUCAAAUAUCUGAGUGGGCGGCUGUUGAAAAUUAGAUUUUAACAGAUCCUUUCUGCUAUUAAGUUGAAUUGCAUGGCUGUACAUUUGAGCUGGCCAAAGAUAUAUGUGAAUUCAGAAACUUUGG